CUUCUACUUGGUGCCGGGGGUUUCAAAUUUGCAAGACAACACCAAUACGACGAGAAUUGCACCUCAAUGCCGCGUGUCUCUCGAGACAACGGUGACGUAUCCAAACCACAUUGACGGCUCAGAAUUGGCCUCUUUCUCUCCGGCAACUCAGAACAGAGGGGGGGUAUUACGUACGACCUGUCUUAGCAAUGACUGAACCAACCAACGCUAUUGCAUCCAAGCAGUCCCUCAUUUUGGACCUGCCUCCCAGCUGCAUAGAGUUUUGCUUAUCGCACCCAAAGUAUUUCGUGGUUGGAACUUAUGACUUGGUCAAGGAUGAAGAACCACCGAAUGAGUCGGAGGAUGCGACUUCCUCUAUCGCCAAUAAGCCCCAAGACCGCAACGGUAGUCUCAUUGUUUACCAGCUAGAAAACGGGGCAGUGCACCAUGUUCAAACCGUCCCUCACCCGUCGGCGAUUCUUGACCUGCACUUCUGCCCUUUGCCGAGCUGGCGCGACAUCAUGGCAGUGGUCUCCAGCACGGGAACACUGUCCAUAUUCCAGUUGAAUCCAGGCAUGGAUGUGUCGUCGCCGCUCAAGCACUUGGCCACGAGCAGGAUACGUGACGUCCCCGAGGGCGUCUUGUUUCUCUCAGGAGUUUGGGACACCAACGAUGCAUAUUCCAUCGCGAUCACAACCUCUGCAGGCGAGGUGCGCGUCGCAAAGCUCGAUGAGUCUUGGCGGAUCAUCGAUGACGAUUCGAACGCUGUGAUUAAGCAUUCGCUAGAAGCUUGGACGGCGGCCUUCUCUCCUACCGAGGACCCCUUUGUCAUAUACUCGGGAGGUGACGAUUCUGCGCUUCGGUACGCAUCGUGUACGCGCAGCAGCAAGGACGGUAGCGAAGCUAUGUCAGGUGUCAAGACCUUGUACCCACCCCUCAACAUUACCGGGCAUGGUGCCGGUGUGACGGCCAUCCUGCCCGUCCCUGUCAAACUUGUGGACGGCUCUAGGUUACUAGUGACAGGCAGCUACGACGACACCAUACGACUGUUUUCUGUCCAGCCUCCACACAACACAUACGGCCUCCGCCAGUUCAAGGGUUUGGGCGAGAAAAAUCUGGAAGGGGGCGUCUGGAGGCUCAAGUUGGUCGAAUACCGGGAGAGGGACGGUCGCUGCCGCCUGAGGAUUUUGGCAUCAUGUAUGCACGCUGGUGCUAGAGUUGUCGAACUGGAGGGGCCACUGAAGAGUGAGGGAUGGAAUAUCAGUGUCCUAGCCCGAUUCGAGGAACAUCAGAGCAUGAACUAUGGCAGCGACUUCGUUCCUAGUCCAGGGCAGGGCCGCCUCGAAUGUGUGUCGACGAGUUUUUAUGACAAGCUCUUGUGCUUGUGGGAGGCAGAUCUGGAUUAGAGGAGCAUUUUACGAAGCAAACACCAUAUGGUCUUAGCGCAGGUUGUUGAGUCGAUUUUGUCGACUAUCUCCAAGGCGACACUGAUAUUUCUCCGAGGCUGCCCUUUUAGACCAAUACCUGCUCUCCCUAUUUUCAGAUAGUAGGACAACCAGCAAACUAAGGCGA